CUCUGCAAAGCGCUCCUUCUUUGGCUUGUUGUUGGGUUAAUAUCUUGCUUAUGUAUAUAUAUAUAGGUUUCUCUCUCAUAUCUGCCUAUCUAGAGAGAGAAAUAGAGGGAGAAUAAGCGAGGGGCCAGCUUGUGAUUUUCUCUUAUUGUUUCACAGAGUAAUGAUUGCUGUGCAGUUCCAACCGGAGUUUCCUAUGUUGAGAUUGAGAGCAAUUUGCGCAUGAAUAGCUUGAUCUUUGUCGUUGGAAAAAUUCGUGUAACGGUGAUGGUGAUGAUGAUGAUGAGUGCGUUGUAUAUCGUCAAGAAAUGAUAUCAAAUUCCUUCGGAUUUUUUUUUAUUUUUAUUAUCGAACUUCAUUGGCGGGAGUUUCGAGAGAGAGCUCUUCUGUUGAAGUUUUUUUUGAAGAGAAAUGGCUUGUAAUCAACCUGAAAUGCAAGAGCCGAGCAUCGACACCGAUAAGCUGAGUUACGAGAUAUUCUCAAUCCUCGAAAGCAAGUUCCUCUUCGGCUACGACGACCAGAAGCUAUGGAUUCCCAAGCAGAUCCCUCCGGCGAUCGAACCGAAGUCUGAACUACCGACUCCAAUUGAAGCCGAUAAUGGAGUCCAAGCAAUCAAAAACCAGAGAGGAAAAAUUUGUAUACUCAGCAUCGACGGCGGUCGAAUGCGAAACAUUCUAUCUGGAAAAGCCCUAGCCUACCUCGAAAAUGCGAUAAGAACGAAAUCGGGAAAUCCAGAAGCUAGAAUCGCCGAUUACUUCGAUAUCGCCGCCGGCGCCGGAGUCGGAGGGAUUUUCACCGCGAUGCUGUUUGGAACGAAGGAUCACAGCCGUCCGAUUUUCCAAGCCAACGACACGUGGAAGUUCCUGGCUACGCAGGGUAACAGUUUCUACCGAUCAUCGGCCGGUUCAGGUUCCGGAGGCGGAAAAAUGAUCAAGAAGAUCUUCCGCGGUGGUUCUGGUUCAGCAACGGCCGGUUUAGAGAAAGCGAUGAAAGAGUUGUUUACCGGUUUAACAUUGAAAGACACGUUGAAACCGGUUUUGAUACCAUGUUACGAUCUCUCAAGCUCGGCCUCUUUUGUGUUCUCUCGAGCCGAUGCUUUGGAAUCAGACAGUUUCGAUUUCCGGCUCUGGGAGGUUUGCCGGGCCACGUCGGCCGAACCGGCGGUUUUCGAACCGGUUUCGAUGCAAUCGGUCGACGGCCAGACUCGGUGCGUGGCGGUCGACGGCGGUUUGGCGAUGAGCAACCCUACUGCGGCGGCGAUUACGCACGUGCUUCACAACAAGCAGGAGUUUCCGUUCGUGCGAGGAGUCGAGGACCUUUUGGUACUUUCACUUGGCACCGGUCAGCUCCUUGAGGGAAGCUAUGACUACGACCAAGUCAAGCGGUGGAAGGCUAAGGACUGGGCUCGACCCAUGGUUCGAAUCUCCGGCGACGGCUCAGCCGACUUGGUGGACCAUGCUGUCGCCAUGGCCUUCGGUCAAAGCUGUAGCAGUAACUACGUGCGCAUUCAGGCAAAUGGAUCCAGCUUGGGACGAUGUGGGCCCAAUAUUGACUCGGACCCUAGUCCUAGCAAUGUAAAGAUGCUUGUGGGAAUUGCCGAUGAAAUGCUGAAACAGAAAAAUGUUGAAUCGGUGCUCUUUGGCGGAAAGAAGAUCACAGAACAAAGCAAUUUCGAGAAACUUGACUGGUUUGCUGGAGAGCUUGUGCUGGAGCAUCAGAGGAGGAGCUGCAGAAUCGCCCCCACUGUUGCAUUCAAGCAAGCUGCCCCAAGAUCAACAUAG